AUGACGCGAGCUUGUGUAUUAGACUUCAAGGGUAGGGAUGAUUAUCAACCGCUUAUUGAAUUCGCUUAUAACAAUCGCUACCAUCGAAGUAUUAAAAUGGCACCUUAUGAAGCUUUAUAUGGUAGAAAAUGUAGAUCCCCGAUUGGCUGGUUCGAAACAGGUGAAACUGCCUUAUUUGGGCCAGGCCUUGUUCAUCAAACUAUGGAAAAUGUCAAAGUGUCACCAAUGAAAGAUGUAAUGAGGUUUGGUAAAAAGAGAAAGUUCAGUCCACGCUAUAUAGGGCUAUAUAAGAUUAUCCAAAAAAUUGGCCAAGUGGUGCAUGAGUUAGAGCUACCUCAAGAGCUUUCAACCGUUCAUCUGGUGUUUCAUGUCUCAAUGAUUCAAAAAUGCAUAGGUGACCCAUAUCGUAUUACUCCUACUGAAGAUGUACAGGUUACGAGAGAUCUAACUUAUAAAGAAGUACCCAUUGCUAUUCUGGAUCGACAAGUUAAGAAGUUAAAAAAUAAAGAAGUAGCUUCUGUAAAAGUAUUAUGGAGGAACCAACAAAUAAAAGAAGUUACAUGGGAAGCAGAAGAAUCAAUGAAAUUGAAGUAUCCUCGUCACUUUCAAAUCGAAGAGAAAGAUGAAAUUGCGUAG